AUCAGAAUCAUGUGAUAGAAUGAGGAUCAGGAUGACACCAUAUGGGACGUGUGCUUGUAGGAGGUUCGGUCGCUCCCGCAGAGGGGGAGGAGAUUCCGAUGGGGUGUCACGUGGGUUCGGAGGCGGGGCUCCCGAAUACAGCGGCUGACAGUUGCUGGGCAGUUGUUAUGGUAACAGGCGGAAGUGACGUCAUUCCAGGACCUCCGGCGCGGAUUGGAGGCUGGAGCGGCGGUAAUGUUCAAUCCCCGGACUGUGUGAGAGGAGAGGAGAGAGCGGAGGAGAGGACGAUGUCUGUGCGGUACGGUCGCCCCGGUGUGAAGAAAACCACCAAUAGGAAGAGGACACAAGUGCGGCAGGCGUGGGAUAGCUCCGUUCAAGAUCUCAAUGUACACCGGGCCACCCCAGAGGAGCUGGCUCACAGACACGAGAUCCACAAAUCUAAAAACCAGCGGCUGGCGCAGUGGGAAUUUCAGAAGAGAUCCCUAAAGAAGAAGUGGAGGAAACAAAAUGGAGGAGCCGCCGAUCCGCUGGAGGAGAGGCGACUGGCCCUGAUGAUGGAGAUUCUUUCCGAUCAGUAUCGGAUGAAGGAUGUCCUGGAGAGAUCGGACCGUGCCAUAUCUGUGGUGAAGGACCUCUUUGGGGACGCCCCCCGCAGGCACACAGGCUUUCCCAAUGUCACAACGGCUCCAUCCUGCGACCUGGAAACCUCUUGUGGUCCGAUCGUGCAGAAGAAAGACCCUCCCACCCGCCUGUCCAUCCUCAGCGAGAGCGUCAUGGACUCCCAGGCUCUUAAUGACGUGGAUGAGAGUGGAUCAGAAGAAGAUGAUGAUGAUGACGAUGAAGACGUUUCCAUUACUUUCCAGCCCGGCCUUACCACUGACAGGGCUUACCAGAUAAUGAAUGAAGAGCGUUUCCAUCCAGCGUCUCGUCACCCAUCAACAGGCAAAGAGGAGGAUGCAGACAACCAGUUUGUGACCCCCAAAAGCUCCGGUCACCCCACCAACGGCCAAAUAGCGUUAAAUGCCACCACAGCUGUAAGGAAGGUCAAAACCCGCCUGACGGAGGAAGAGCAAGCAGAACCUGAAGAUCCAAAAUGUGUAAUUGGCAGAAUACUGAACCCCAACCCCCCAAAUCACCACCGGGUGGCGGCAAAAGGUAAGAAAAAACGCUCCUCGCGCCCCCCCACUCAUCGCAGGGCGGAGUCGGUUUCUGCGGCCUCGGCUUGUGAAAUGUCCAGUUGCAGCCAGUCCAGUUUGGAUGUCCUGAGCCAGAUGAUGCAGGAAGUAGAGCUGGACUUGGAGGACUACGAGAAGCAGACGGGCCGGGAGGUGGACACCCUGCCAAAGGCUCAGGGGCUGACGGGCUUCACCAUGUCUCUUGUCGGCUCCAUACGGCGGCUGGUGUGUUCUCUAAAGGAGGGGGACCGGCGGCUGCAUCAGGAAAUUCUGCAGCGUCAGCGUUUGCAGGAGGAGUUCGCUGAGCAGAGGCUGCUGAUCGAUGCGCUUACAGCUGAAAUUCUCUCCAUGAAGGAAAACUUCUCUAUGUCUCUGCUCAGCCAGCAGGUGAUGUCUGACUCCUCCCCCUCUCCUCUACAAACACACAGAGCUCCUCCCCCUAAACCGGAGCGGAGAAGAACCUCGGCGGGUUCAUUGUCUGGCCAAUCGCUGAGUAUGGUGACUGAGCUCGACCUGCAAGAUGUGGAGAAAGAAAAGAACUCUCCGGCUCCCCCUAGAGGCAAACCUGUAGAACACAGCGUGGAUGUGGGCAGUCUGCUUGGUUUUCAGCCGGCCAUCUUGUUGUCUCCCCCCCAGCAGAGAACCCGGAAGGAGUACGAAGAGCAGUUGUCAUUACAGAAUGCAGCUCUGAGGUCUUCUACAGGGACGGUGAUAGAGCGCCCCCUAUCUAAAGACAUUGCAGAGACCCGCAGCACUGACUCUUCUACCGCGGAGCGGAGAACGGGAAUGCCCCAGGAUCCGGGGAGGAAAGGGCAGAGUUCAGCCUCUGUUUCCUCUUCUCAGUCCUCCCACCCAUCCCCCAGGGACCUCCAGGAUGAUGAAUAUCAUAGAGAGCAGCAGUCGGUGACAGACGACACCUCCCUGUGUAAUGACAGCAUCGCAGCCCGUAUGGCAGAAAUGACUUUUCAGAAUAAUGUAUUAAAAGCCCGACUGAAAGAGUUUGGCUGUAAUGUGGCUUUAAGCCCCGGCCUGGUAAAGCCUGCCGAUAGCGGAGCCACCACCCAGAGCAGUGCUGAGACUAAGCAGGGCGUCCCUCUGGUACAGACUCCCAAGACUCUGGAGCAGAGGAUCACAGAGCUAAACCGGCAGAGCGCCGAGGCGCGAAAUAAACUUCUAAGCCUGAUAGAGCAGCAAAAACAAAGCGCCGUCAUCUCUCCAGCCAUUUCCCCCAUUACACCUCAGAAUGAGGACUCGGGAAAAAGAGAACGCAUUGAGGGUGUGAUCCCAAUGCCUCGUUUUACGGAUUUCUCCAUCGAAGAGACCCCGUCACCGGAUAGCAGGAGCAGCAGCGGACGCAGGUCCAGUGCAUCUCGCAGGUCGGGGUCAUCAUUGAGCAGUGUGUACAGGGAGGUGAGAGGCAUGGGGAAUGCAGCGUGGACAAAGGUUGGAAGGCAGAAUGAAGAAGGAUGGUUUGCCCUGACUACCCACGUUUCCUAAAUCACAAGUUUUUUAUAAUCCUAUUUGAUCAGUGUCCCGAAAAAGAUUUUAUUUCAUUUUUUUUAUAUAUUUCUAUGUUUAACUUAUUUGUCAUUUUUCAUAAUAAAAAUUUUUUUUAAAUUUUA